AUGGCGAUAGAACUAGGCCUUAAGAGAAUAAGAAAAUUGCUUUCCUACCUAGGCAACCCACACGUGAGCUCUUAUAAAUCUGUUCAUAUUGCUGGAACAAAUGGCAAAGGAUCCACAAUCGCGUAUCUAUCACUGAUUCUCACACAUGCUAAAAUCUCCAAUGGCCGGUUCACAUCACCACAUUUACUAUCAUACAACGAUUGCAUAUCAAUAAACAACCAAACUUAUUCGCUUCAUAAAUUCGAAAAGGUCAGAAAUUCAGUGCUUAGUCACAAUGCACGUUAUAAUCUAGGGUGCACAGAGUUUGAAAUCUUAACUGCAACCGCAUUUAAAAUAUUUGAGAUCGAGCAAGUGGAGUUGGCCUUGAUAGAAGUGGGCCUCGGUGGCCGACUUGACGCAACAAAUGUGCUCACACCAUACGCCAACGGUAACACCCCAGGUGGAGUGAUAGUUUGUGGUAUCACAAAAAUCGGAAUCGACCAUGAAGGGUUUUUAGGAAACACUAUUACUGAUAUCGCAAGAGAGAAGGCAGGGAUUAUAAAAACAUCAGUCCCAGUUGUGGUCGAUCAUACGAAUCAACGACAGGCUUUGGAUGAAAUAGCAAGGAAAGCUGCAGCUGUAAACGCUCCUCUUUUCAGUACAGAGAAAAGCAUGGCAUGUGAAAUUGACAAUCCAAUCCAAUAUUCACCAAUGCUUGGCCAGUACCAAACCGAAAAUCUAUCUGUAGCUCUACACAUUGUUGCGACGAUACAGAAAACUUUGAAAUCCAAUGAAUUGACACGGGAUUGUAUCAUUUCAGGAAUUAGAAAUACUUAUUGGCCUGGCCGAUUGCAGAGGCUUCAAGACAAAACAACAGGAAUAGAGUUUUUGUUGGAUGGAGCUCAUAACGAAUGUGCAUCGAUGGAAUUAGGGAAUUAUUUGCGAAGCAUUCGCCGCAAAGGAUUCAUAUUUGUUGUUGGUAUGAGCGAGGGAAAGUCAGUCGAAGGUCUUUUGAAGCAUAUUGCGCUGAAAGAUAACGACGUCUUGAUCCCUUUUCACUUCACAGCUCCCCCUGAAAUGCCAUGGGUGAAAUGCCACGACGUUGAAAAUAUCUCCAUGACUGCAAAAGAUUAUGUUGAGGAAGUUCUUAAAAUGAAGAACGCGGAUAACAUUGCAGAUCUAUUCGACUUUCUUGCCGCGAGGAAAAACAACGGUGAUGUCAGGCAGGUAGUUAUAUGCGGAAGCUUGUACCUCUGCUCCGAUAUUUUGCGCCACCAAAUUGAUCUACAUCAGGAACCUGAACAGAUAAUUGAACUGGAAGCUGCCACGAAGUAUGAAUGA